AUGAGUUCGUUCGAUAGUCUAAUGAACCCAUAUGGAAACAUUAUUGAGGGGAUUGGAAAUGAAUUACUUUUUGUCAUCAGUUGUAUGGGAACGAUUUUGUUUCUUAUUGCGGCUUGGAUCUCUACAAGGGUUAACUGGGAGUUGAUGCCUGUUAGAAUAACCUUGCUACGCCAUCCUCACAGAAACCAUGAUACUGAAACAGAAACGACAAAUGCACCAGGAACUGUAGAACCUGAAAACAUCGACUCAUCGGGUAAUAUUUUCUCAGAAACUUCGGGUUCUAGUUCCGAGGAUGAAAUCGAUUCCGAUACAUGCAUUCACAAACGUUCAUCUGUUCAGACUUCAAUCACUUCAAAUGAUCAAAGAAAUUCAUCUUCAUCCGAUGAGGAAUCGAAAACGAGUAGAACAAAAGAAAAAGGACAAAUUAAUUCUACAUCUUGUUUUAAUGGACAUUUAGUCAUAAAAUUGCAAUAUCUUAAUGAAGAAUCACGUUUUGUACAUGCAUCUCCCACUAUGUCUGUUAAUCGUUUUAAGAAGAAGCACUUUGUAGAUGAAUUAAUCAAUCAGAAAAAGAACGUCAGGCUUAUCUUUCAAGGCCGAGAGUUACUGGAUGUUUUGCAAAAUGAAGCAAAUUUUCAUAGUAGUGGAAGACCAAAACGUCAAAGAUUAUGUGACUAUGGUAUAACUGAUGGCUCAACAAUUCACUGUCUUGUUACAACUCCUGUUGUAUCAUCACCCACCAGGUCAUCCUCGGUAAACGAUUCCGGAAACACAGGACGUAAUUUCGCUUUCCCAAGUUCUUCCAGCGAUUCAAUGUUAACUGAGUUUGAUAUAGGUACUAGGCUUAUGAAACCACUUUUCGCUUUUCUCCUACUUUUCACUUGGUUUUUUAGGAUUGUCUAUAGACAAUAUUUUAAUUCAGUGUCUACGUUUGCUUUAGUAACAUUAACAGUGUUCUUUUGUGGAGCCGUAUUUACUGCUACUCUUGUGAAUGCUGUCUCGACAAUAGCUUCAUUAUUUGGUUUUCCAAGCAGUAAUGAACUGUCAAAUCAACAAUCAGAAAAUCCAACCAACCAACCUAACUCACCCGAUGUACAAGUUUUAACUGUAACUAUGGUUGCACGUCGUAUGCCACCUCAAACACCUAUAAACCAAACAAACAGUACUUCAUUUUUUCUGGGGGAAUCAGCCCAUAAUCAUCAAAUUAUUGUUGAUGAGCCCAAUAAUGAUUCUCAAGCAAGAACAGACUAACUGCUGAGAUAUCUUUACCUGUGUUUAUUUUAUUUUAUCAUUGUAUUCUUUGGUUCACUUUAGAUGUUUGUUAUAAGUUACUAAAUGUGUAUUUCUCUCCUGCUUUUUAAGCAGAAGUUGCCAUUCUUGUACAUAUGAUUCAGUUUGUCCUGAUUUCCUACUUAAUUAGAUGCAUUCAAUCGAUAGACC